GUUCCUCUGUUUCUCUUUCUCCCUCCCAGCGCUCAGUUCAUCGACCUCCUCUGUUUUCUGAACAAUCCUCUAAAGUGAAAGAGUGGACGCCGACACCGACCAUGUCUUGGGUUUUCUGGAACUUUAUAUCUUUGUUUGUCAUCCACAGUGUGUGCGCAGAAGUCUUCCUCAACACUCGAGAUGCUAAUCAGGUCCUGAUUCGUCAGCGGCGCGCAAACUCCUUGUUUGAGGAGAUGAAGAAGGGGAACAUGGAGCGUGAGUGCGUUGAGGAGCGCUGCAACUACGAGGAGGCCAGAGAAAUCUUCGAAGAUGUUAAAAAGACGGAUGAGUUCUGGCACAAGUAUGUUGAUGGAGAUGCGUGUCUGUCUCACCCGUGUGUCAAUGGUGGUGAGUGUAAAGAUGCGAUCGGGCCGUACACGUGUUUCUGUCAGCAAGGCUUCAAGGGCUACAACUGCGAGAUCGUGAUUCCUGAACUCUGUGAGAAUGAAAACGGAGGCUGUGAUCACUUCUGUGAGGUGAAGCAGAGUAAUGUGUUCUGCUCGUGCGCUAAUGGAUAUGAACUGGCCCCCAAUGGGAAAUCCUGCCAGUCUCAGGAUCCAUUUAAAUGUGGCGUUGUUUAUCCAAAGAAGACCCGAAGCAUCUUCUUCCACACGCCGAAUAUUACGGAAAGUGAGAACGAAGAGGACACGGAGCUGGAGGCAACAGUAGAGCCGGUCUCCAACCUCUCGAACCCAGAGCUCAACCAGACCGACAGCAUGUUCGGGCUCCACGAGCUGGAGAUUAUCCAGGAGGAACCAAUCCUGCCGGUGGUGUCCACAGCCGGAGACGGGAGGAUCGUGAACGGUGUGGAGUGUCCACCAGGAGACUGUCCGUGGCAGGCUCUCCUCAUCAAUGAAAAUAACAUGGGCUUCUGUGGUGGCACCAUCCUGACCGAACACUUCAUCCUGUCGGCCGCGCACUGCAUGAACGAGUCGCUCUCCAUCAGGGUGGUCGUAGGUGAGUACGACACGCUGGUCCCUGAGGGUCGUGAGGCCACACAUGAUGUAGAUGAGAUUCUGAUCCACAAGAACUACCAGCCUGACACCUACCAUAACGACAUCGCCCUGAUUAAGCUCUCAAAACCCAUCAAAUUCACCAAAUACAUCAUCCCCGCGUGUCUGCCGGAGAUGAAGUUCGCCGAGCGUGUGCUGAUGCAGCAGGAUGACGGUCUGGUGAGCGGGUUCGGCCGUGUGCGAGAGGGAGGCCUGCCGUCCACCAUCCUGCAGAAACUAACCGUGCCGUACGUCGACCGCGCUAAAUGCAUCGAGUCCAGCAAGUUCAAGAUCUCCGGCCGCAUGUUCUGCGCCGGAUACGACCAGGAGGAGAAAGAUGCAUGUCAGGGGGACAGCGGUGGGCCGCACGUCACACGCUUCAAAAACACCUGGUUUAUCACAGGUGUGGUGAGCUGGGGCGAAGGGUGCGCGCGCAAGGGGAAAUACGGCGUCUACACGCAGGUCUCCAAAUACAUCCUGUGGAUCAAUAAUGCAAUGACUAAAGUCAUGCCAGAGACCGGAGCGUCGCUAAAACCCAAAGCAAAGCGAGAGCUGCGGCACAAGACAACAGUAAGAAGAGUCUGACUCCUCUGAUAAAAGCCUCAUCCUUCAUACACAUGUAAUUACUUAAUCCACCUAAAGGCAGAGUUCACCCAAAAGAGAAAUCCUGCCGUCAUUUACCAGCUGCUUUUCUUCUGUUAGAAACAAGAGAAGAUAUUUUGAAGAAUGUUGAAUACCUUUAACUAUUGCCUUUCAUUGUAUUUGUGUUUUAUUCUUACUAUGGGAGUCAAUGGUGUAACCAACUCAAAAUUAUCAACGCUAAUAAUUCAUGAAAACGGGUGACGCAGUGGCGCAGUAGGUAGUGCUGUCGCCUCACAGCAAGAAGGUCGCUGGUUCGAUUCUCGGCUGGAUCAGUUGACAUUUCCGUGUGGAGUUUGUAUGUUCUCCCUGCGUUCGCGUUGGUUUCCUCUGGGUGCUCCGGUUUCCCCCACAGUCCAAACACACGUGGUACAGGUGAAUUGGGUAGGCUAAAUUGUCAGUAGUGUUUGAGUGUGAAUGAAUGUGUGUGGGUGUUUCCCAGAAAUGGGUUACUGCUGGAAGGGCAUCCGCUGCAUAAAAACAUGCUGGAUAAGUUGGCGGUUCAUUGCACUGUGGCGACCCCGGAUUAAUAAAGGGAGUAAUCCGAAAAGAAAGUGAAUGAAUAAUUAAUGAUAAUAAGUUACUAUUUAAUAAUGAAUAUUAUAAUUCUGAGCGGAUUCUGUUAUAAUGCUUACAGGUUUUGGCUUUUUUCAGAAUAUCUUAUUUUGUCUUUAACAGAAGAAAGAAACCCUUAAAUGUUUGGAAACACAGUAAAUAGUGGAGAAAUGUACAGUUUUGGGUGAAAUAUGCCUUUAAUCUAAUCCUCAUGUGUAAUAAUAUCAUGGUAUUUCUUGUAAAAUCACAUUCUGGAGGUGGAGUGGUUCGUCAAUGCUUCGACCAUCAUCCAGAUGAGAUGUUUCAGCUUUAAUAAAGAUGAUAAAACUGAUUCUAUAA